AACUGUCUGAUUGGACGACCGGGACAGUGCCCCGUCAGUGGCUCAGUGAAGUGAUGAAUGAAAAGCAGCGACUCUGAGUCUGGGCCUAGCGCCUGUCUGGCUGAGUUGAGGAUCGGGAAUCGUCGACCCGUGACGCCGACGGUCCGGAGAGUAGACAAGGCAACCUCAGUACUACACUGUACUACUACAACUACUGUUACCGGAGUGAAAGAUCUACAGCAGCAGCAACAAGCAACUAAACCCGGUACGCCAAUAGCACUAGUAGUACUAGUAGAUCUACCCAGGCAGUAACCAGUAACCUAGAGUCUAGACCAAACUAGGUCAUGUCGCCGUUGUCGGACACCCACUGACCCUGUACCCCGUAGAUCUACCGGUACGCGCACCGCACUACCUCGUCCUCAGACUGAGUCGGUGGUUGACAUGAAGUGUAAUGACUUUAUGUAGGCUGUGCAGCGUGUGAGGGCACUUACAACGAUGCGCUAAUGAUGACAUCACCGUCCACUAGCUCUCAGUCUGCACUGACGGCGGGUCCGGAACAACGACAUCAUCACUAUGGCUGGUUAAAGUGCGGGUCUACCCUGGGUGUAUUGCUAAUCAGUGCAAUGGCUGCCGCAUUCUGGACCAGCAACCCUCACUCGGCAAUGAGAGUGUUAUGGUACCGCGCCGUUGGAUGUCCCAGCUGGUCAGCAAGCGACGGCGAAGCCAUCGCAGCCAGUGCUAAAUACGGCGUGAUGAAGAGAGUUCAUGCGAGCAACAUCAGCCGCGGUCAGUUUGUGGAUCUUGUCAGCCGCGGAGAGCCGUUCGUCAUCCGGGCUGCAUUCGCUGACUGGCCGGUGAUGCAGGAGAUUACAAACUGCUCAGUGCUGCAGCAGCACUAUCCAAACAUGUACUACUAUGACUGGCAAGCCGAUACUAAAGAAUCGCUGGGGAGCAUUGGCGACUGGACAUGUCGCUCGGGAUACUUGGAGAGAGCGGGCGGCACAACCGACCUACACGACCAUGAUCGUCUACAUAGCGAUGCGGAGAGACAAGAGUGGAGAGAAUGGGGAGACAACGGAGACGUGUUUCAUCAAUGGCUGUCCACGCUGCCUAUACCAGAGUUUAUGCCCAGUGACGUGUGGCAACAUCCAGCUGAUCCGGAAUCAGAGCAUGUGCCGCAGCAGCCGUCAAUGAGCGCGUUUAUCGGCUCGAGCGGCACGGGAGUCACGCCACAUCUGGACGAGAACUGUGAGAGCUUUGUCAGUGUCCAGUUCAGCGGGCGCAAGCUGUGGACGGUGGCGUGGCCGGAGGUCAACGAGAGCAGUGGUGCCUUGCAGUGGUCCACACCGCUAGCCGUGGUCCUGGAGCGAGGCGACGCAAUCAUCUGGUACAUGUCACAGAUGCAUCACACGGAGGUCUUGGACGGUUGCUCGUUCAGUAUGUCCAUACAGUUCACCAGGCCCGCACCGCACCUGUAUCAUGCCAAGUUACGCACGCUCUACCGUGACACACCAGGCUGGCAAGAGCUGUAUAGGCAGUUGGAAACAUCCAACGACGAGUACUUCAGCAAAUGCUCAGUAAGAAAGGAUACGCACAGUGACCAAUGGGUUGUUUCGUCAGAUUACACCGACUCACAACAACUCAAGGUCAGCUAACAAAGUCACGAAACACAUGGGUAGCUAAUAAUACUAGCUAUUGACAUUGUGACCCUCGUACGUUGCCUCAUUUUGGCAGGCUGAUCACUCGUGCAAAAUUUAAGAUGAAUGAGCCUUGCUGUGUUGCUGUUCCCUAGACUUGCAUUGUGAUCUGUUCGGCUAGUCACUCUGAGCACUGCUGUUGAGACCUGGCACCGCAGGCAGGGUUAAAACAAUUAGCUAUCUGGAGACUGAGCAACCGCUUACUACAACAGACAGAGGUGUGUAGAACUCUCCGUAUGACAUUAGAUUAGAAAUAUUGAUACCGUGCCCGCUUUCAUAUACAGUCGACAUACCCUUAUAACGAUAACCUCUAUAACGACAUUACCCUUAUAACGAUAUUUUUCUGCCAAACCAAAAUCACUCCAUUGACUUUUGUAUACAAUGGCUUACCUCUAUAACAAUAUUGCUAUAACGAUAUUACCCCUAUAACGAUAUAAAAUGGGCUGACCGAUCGACAUUUUCCAUUUUAUAACAAUAUCUAGCAGGGAAUGUAUAGAGCCCACUAUCCAGGUAGGGCAAGCUUCA